AUGAAAGUUCUUCUACUCCUGCAUCUACUAGUCGUAUUAAUAUCCGACAUCAAUACUAUAACAUAUGACGAAAACCCUUUUACAUCAACCACCAAUGAUCAACAAAUAUUGGCAAAAGUGAAAAUUUAUUCCAAUCUUGCUCAAAUUAUUCAGCCACUUGGUGAGUUACCACUGGAGUUUUCUGCGGACGACUGGUCUGAAAUUCGUUCUGAUUCAUUGACUCUUAUUGGCUCCAAUGUCAAUAUAACACGACAAACAAUUACUGAAAAGAAAAACUCACUUAACAAUCAAACCAUUUAUGUUCGUUCACCAUCAUCUUCAUCAACAGAAAUAAAAUUUCUCCAAGCAACACUGAUUGAUGAAAAUAUAAAUCUUGUUCAAUUUAUUGAUAAUAAUAUUAGUCAAGAACCAGUCUUUUUUACUGUUUCAUCUGAUCAAAUACUUUAUACUAAUAAACCACUUCAAUCAAAAUAUUAUGUUAAUUUUACAUAUCAUACAACAGAUACAGUAUAUGUUAGUUAUCUUCGUUCAAACCUUAAUUGGAAAACGCGUUAUCAAUUAUAUCUAUUUGACGAAUCAGAGGAACCAAUAUUGAUUGCCAUAGCUGAUAUUCGAAAUGAUGGAAGAUCAAACAUUAAUAUCGAAUACGCUGAACUUUUAGCUGGUGAUAUUAAUUUACAAAUGUCUGAACAACCAAAUCCUAGGGCACUAAAAAAGUAUUACGACGGUAUACCUGAAGAGGACGAGUCGCAAUCUCCACCAACAGUGGAAAAGGGUCAGGAAGUUGCUGGUCUAUAUGUAUAUACUGUGAAUCAAUCAUUUUCUAUUGAUUCAAAAACAAAUUAUCUUUUAACAAUGUUUCGUCCACAAGUGAACGUGACACGUUUUGUACGUAUUUAUAAAACGUAUUUUUAUGGUAUUGGAAAAUCCAUCGGUAAAGGUGAACGUACAUACCGUUUGUCAUCUGAUGUUUUUCUUCCUCGAGGAAAUUGUAUGAUACAUGAAUAUGAUUAUCUGGUUGGUGAAACAUUUUUACCAGAGAUAGCUUCUAAAGAGACACAUGAAUUUUCAAUUGGUCAAGAUCCAGAUAUUUCUUACAACGAAACUGCUAUGUUAAUUUCAUCACGUACAUACAAUGAAACUAUUCAAGCAAACAAUACCAUUGAACGACGAACAGAAUCGAUUUACAAUGUUACUGUUCUGCUAAAAAAUUUUAAGAAUAAUCGAUCAAUAAAUGUGCUAUAUAAACAAAUAAUUCGUGGUCGAUCGGUGCAAUUACUAACAUCUAAUGGUGAAUGCACACAAGAUGGGACAAUAUUUGAAUGUAAAACAACAUUAUCUGCUGAUGAAGAAAAACUUCUCUAUUACAAUGUUCAAAUUGUCAAUUAA